CAUUAUUGUCUCGCACAAAAUUGAGCUCUCAAGCUAACCAUUUCAACAGAGCGGAUAACAAUGGCUUCUACACAACAUUCUUUACUUGGGGAAAUUUCUUGGAUUUGUGGAGGAGAUCUUGAUUGGAGUUCUUUGUGCAUCCACAGAGCUUUGGUAGAUGCCUUGAGUCUAUUGCUGGCCUUUCUUUUCUUUCUGCUCUUGCUUGUAGGUUCUGUAAUGAGGAUUGAUAUUAGAGGAUCAAGGAGGUCCUGGAUCACUUUAUUGAUAUCACUUUGUUGUGCUCUUACAAGCUUUGGAUAUCUUGGUGCUAGUCUUUGGGAACUCAUCACAAAAAACACUAGUUCUAGUGAUCUAAGCUGGUUGCCGUACUUCAUAAAAGGAGUAAUUUGGAUUAGCUUCACCCUAUCCCUGCUUGUUCUAGGAUCCAAAAUUGUCAAAGUUGUCAUGUCUUGUUGGUGGGUUGUUUUCUUUCUGAUGGUUUCUUCUCUGAAUAUUGAAGUUUUGAUUACAACAUACAGCAUCCAAAUUUUGGAUGUUAUCUCCUGGAUAAUUACCUUCUUGCUUCCCUUUUGUGCUAUUAGAAACUUGCAUCUCAUUCUUUCUCAACCUGCUCCAGAAAAGAGUUUGUCAGAACCUCUGUUAUUAGAGCAAUCUGAUGAGAGCCAAACCCUUAUAAGCCAUGCCAGUUUCUUUAGCCAAUUGUCGUUUUCUUGGAUGAACCAUUUACUUCGGUUAGGCAAGUCAAAAACAUUACUUCUUGAAGAUAUUCCUUGCCUAGGAAUGGAAGAUGAAGCGAAGUUAAAUUAUGAGAAACUAUCUCGUGAAUGGGACAUACUCCAAACAGAUAAUCGAUGCAACGGUUCAGCAAACUUGAUUCUUAGGGCUAUAGCAAGAUUAUAUUGGAAAGAAAUGGUGCUUGGGGGAUUCUAUUUACUUCUUAGGUCAGCUGCUGUUGUAGUUGCUCCACUUCUGCUAUAUGCCUUUGUAGCAUAUUCUAAUCUUGAAAGUACAGAACUUUCUAAAGGUUUUUUCCUAGUGGGGUGCUUGAUUGUUGACAAGGUUAUUGACUCUCUGUCAAAUCGGCAUUUCUUUUUCUACACCAAGAGGAUUGGUAUGAGAAUUAGAUCAGGCCUAAUGGUAGCGGUUUAUCAGAAACAGCUAAAGCUUUCCAACCAAGGCAGGCAAAGACAUUCAACUGGAGAGGUUGUGAAUUAUAUUGCAAUUGAUGCAUAUCGAAUGGGGGAAUCUGCAAUGUGGUUUCAUGUUGGAUGGAUUUCUGGACUGCAAAUUCUGCUGUCUAUUUGUGUCCUUUUUUGGGUGGUUGGUUUUGGUGCCCUUCUUGGUUUAGUCCCUCUCGCUAUUUGUGGGUUGCUUAACGUACCAUUUGCAAAAGUACUUCAAAAGUGUCAAUUUGAAUUUAUGAUUGCCCAAGACAAGCGACUAAGGUGCAUGUCUGAGAUCCUGAAUAGUAUGAAGAUCAUUAAGUUACAAUCAUGGGAAGAAAACUUCAAACAUAUCAUUGAAUCCUAUAGAGAGAUUGAAUUCAAAUGGCUAUCGAAAACUCAAUAUUGCAAAACAUUGAAUACUUUUUUGUACUGGAUGUCUCCAACAAUCAUCUCCUCUGUUAUAUUUUUAGGAUGUGUCCUGCUUAACAGUGCUGCAUUUGAUUCCUCACUUUUAUAUGCUAUACUUGGAGAAGUACCUAAAGUUUCAGGAACAGUAAAUGUGUUUGGCUCCAAUGCUUAUGUCUCUCAAGCUUCCUGGAUUCAAAGUGGGACAAUUCGUGAUAAUAUACUCUUUGGGAAGUCAAUGGACAAAAACAGAUAUGACGAAGCAAUAAGAGUAUCUGCUCUAGACAAAGAUAUCAAUAGUUUUGACUAUGGUGACUUGACAGAGAUAGGUCAGAGAGGACUCAAUAUGAGUGGAGGACAGAAGCAGAGAAUUCAGUUGGCUCGAGCAGUGUAUAGUGAUGCAGACGUCUAUCUUCUUGACGACCCUUUUAGUGCAGUAGAUGCACAUACUGCUUCGACUCUUUUCAAUGAUUGUGUUAUGAGUGCAUUGGCAAUGAAAACUGUCAUUCUUGUAACUCACCAAGUGGAAUUUCUCUCUGCCGUUGACCACAUUCUGGUAAUGGAGGGAGGAGAAAUUACUCAAUCAGGAAGCUACAAUGAGCUAUUGAUGACUGGGAUGGCUUUUGAACAGCUUCUGAAUGCUCAUAAAAAAGCAGUAAAUUCAUUUGAUCCCGUGAUGAUAAAUAAUGAUCGUAUACCUGACAAAGAGUAUAGCAGUGGGCUUGAAGAGGUCAGCAAGUCUUUUGUAAACGAAGAAAAUAGUCAGAUUUCUUUGAAGGGAGGGACUCAGUUAACGGAGGAUGAGGAGAUGGAGACGACUGAUGCUAUGUGGAAGAUAUUCAUGGAUUAUGUUUCAGUCUCAAAAGGGACUUUUUACCUGAUCUUAAACUUCGUGACUCAGACUGGUUUUGUGGUUCUCCAGGCUGCUGCGAGCUAUUGGCUUGCACUUUCCAUUCAAAGUCCCAAAUUUAGUCAUCUUAUGAUUAUUGGAGUUUAUACUUUGGUUUCACUGCUCAGUGCAUUCUUUGUAUAUCUCAGAUCCUUAUUUUCAGCUCUCCUUGGACUAAAAGCUUCAAAAGCUUUUUUCUCUGGUUUCAUCAACUCGGUUUUCAAGGCUCCCAUGCUUUUCUUCGACUCUACUCCAGUUGGACGGAUAUUAACUCGAGCUUCUUCAGAUCAGAGUGUAUUAGACUUUGACAUCCCUUUUGCCUAUACUUUUGUAAUGGCAGCUGGAAUAGAAUUGGUUGCAACAAUUGUCAUUAUGGCCUCUGUCACAUGGCAGGUUCUCAUUGUAGGCAUCAUCGCUACGAUUGGCUCAAAAUAUGUCCAGGAAUACUAUCAACCCUCAGCAAGGGAACUGAUGCGAAUCAAUGGAACAACAAAGGCUCCAAUCAUGAGUUAUGCAACCGAGACAUCACUUGGAGUUGCCACAAUAAGGGCAUUUGAUAUGGUAGACCGGUUUUUCCAAAACUAUCUGAAACUAGUUGAUGCAGAUGCAAAAGUCUUUUUAAGCUCGAAUGGAGCCAUGGAGUGGCUAGUUUUGAGAACGGAAGUACUUCAAAAUCUCACACUUUUUGUUGCCGCUUUCCUCCUAAUCCUAGUUCCAACGGGUUAUCUCCCUUCAGGACUCGUGGGACUAUCUCUCUCAUAUGCUUUUGCACUAACGGGCACUCAAGUGUUUCUAAGCCGAUGGUAUAGCAGCUUAGCGAACUAUGUUAUUUCGGCUGAAAGAAUCAAACAAUAUAUGCAUUUAACUCCUGAGCCACCAGCAGUAGUGGAAGAUAAUAGGCCAAACUCUUCUUGGCCUUCCAAGGGUAGAAUAGAACUUGUAGACCUUAAGAUAAGAUACCGUUCCAAUGCUCCGUUAGUUCUGAAAGGGAUAACAUGCACCUUCAGUGAAGGAACGAGAGUAGGCGUUGUAGGGAGGACAGGAAGUGGCAAAACAACGCUAAUCAGUGCAUUGUUUCGGCUGGUAGAGCCUUACAGUGGGCAAAUUAUUAUAGAUGGUAUUGACGUUUGCUCCAUAGGCCUCAAGGAUUUACGCCUAAAACUUAGCAUCAUCCCACAAGAGCCAGCUCUUUUCAGAGGGAGUGUAAGAACAAAUUUGGACCCUUUAGGUCUUUACUCUGAUGAUGAGAUUUGGAAGGCUCUAGAAAAGUGCCAGCUUAAGGAUAUAAUUAGCAAACUUCCACUCCAGCUAGAUUCCUCAGUGAGUGAUGAUGGCGAGAAUUGGAGCAUGGGGCAACGCCAGCUCUUCUGCCUCGGAAGAGUCCUCCUCAAACGCAACCGAAUCCUAGUUCUAGACGAGGCAACCGCAUCAAUAGACUCUGCUACAGAUGCCACUCUGCAGAAAAUCAUCAGAGAAGAAUUCUGCAACUGCACGGUGAUCACUGUCGCUCAUCGUGUUCCCACUGUUAUAGACAGCGACAUGGUUCUCGUCCUCUCUUUCGGGAAGCUAGUGGAGUAUGAUGAGCCUUCAAAGCUUAUGGAGGAGACAAAUUCUGCAUUCUCAAAACUAGUAGCUGAAUAUUGGUCCAGCUGCACAAGGAAUUCCCUGCCAGAGUUCAACCAUUGAUGUCCUAUUAAAGAAAAUAAAUGCUAUGUUAAAAAUAUGACAAAAAAAUCACUGUAUAAAAACUUUGUGAUGGGAACUUCAUCCAAAGUGCACUUUCAAGUAGUAGACUAGCGGUUCGAAAAUCAAAUAAAAGUAAUUUUCUAAUUUUCAGUCAAA